AUGGCAAGACUACCCAGCUGUCCAGGACUUACAGCUUACGUCACGGUGGAUGGAGAACCACUCGAAGAAUACGAUGUCCCCAGGAAACCAGCAGACGAAAAAUCCAUCAAGUCGAAAGAGAACAGUGUCACGAAAUAUGUCAAGGUACAGGAGGGUACUACCUUUGCGGUCCGAUACAACUUCGGCAAAGCGUUCCCGAAUAAGCGUGAUAUCGUCACCGAACUUCUGAUCGACGGCAAGUAUAUGCGUGGCAAGGUCGAAACCAAAGAAUCGUUACGCAACUCGACUUCAGUCAUAAAAAGAUUAAUUUCCAAAACAAAAGAGAAAUGGGUAUCCCAGAAAUUCCAGUUCUCUCAUCUGACAUUCCACGAGCAUGAUGGUAAGCCCAUCGAUCAAAAGCUUAAAGAGUCGCUUCAACAAGUUGGCGAGAUUAAGCUCCAUCUCUAUUACAUAGGCGGAUGCAAACCUCAUAAUGACUCCGGUGCAAGAACGAAGACGGCCUUCAAGAAGUUUGAAGAUAUUGACGAAAAGUUGGUUAAGGCAGAAGCUCUAAGUCACCAAGUACUUCUUCAAAAGCCGAAAACAAUUAGUUCUCCAACAUUCUAUGACACAUUUUCAAAGGACACAACGCCGUUUGCCACUUUUGUUUUCCUCUACCGGUCCGAGAAAUCUCUCAAGGAGCUGAUGAUCAUUGCGCGCAGUCCCAGCCCAUCCCUGAUCGAAGAUCAUGAAAUUGAGCGACUCAAUAAGAACCAAUUAAGACAUAUGGUUCGUCGGAUGCGUGAGCGUCGCAACUUUCGCCUUCCACCUCGCAUCAAGCGUGAGCGCGAAGAAGACAACGAUGACUCCGGCACAGAGCCCGAAAUGGUGCACUCGCAACCCAAAAGAAGGAAGGCGAUUCCCAAGGACGACGACGAAGUUGUCGUGCUCGACUGAUCAUCUAUUUUGGUCUGACGUCCAAACAUAUCGACUCUCGUACGUGAAUCUUUGGUUUUCUACUUCAAGGUUGACCCGUUCGCAUCCGAUGAACAGUGGCUUUCAUUGGGAAGAUGCGAAUUUUAUUCAAAUUGAGGACAUUAUCUACGUGAGUAUCUAAGAUGGAGGUAUUGGAUAUUAGUUAUUCUUUGCAUCAUAUCCGACAAUUACUCAAGGAUCGGAGGAAACGAAGGGAUAUUCAGCCAGAGUGGAAUUGCAAGACAAUGGGGGGGAAAUAUGGCACAUAUGAAAUUUACAUGCCUUGAUAUAUGACUGGCGUUCAGGAAAAGUUCAAUACAGAGUUC